AUGGAAGUGAUCGUUACGAAUCAAAUAACAACAAGAAUUGUGAGUAGUGGAACAUCUACGGCAGCGCAAGGUUGUCUUGUCCCAGCACUGGGUGACAGUUGGGGUCAUAUCUGCUCAGUGCGAAUUCUUCUCUCGAAGGGUGAUGGCACAAAUGGAGACCGUCGAAGAACUGCAAGGCUACUUAAACAUCCUGGUCGACCACCUGGUACUGCAACUUAUCAAGUCACGACCGGCGGAAUUCGAGAUUGCCCUUAG